AUGGCAGAUCAGAAUAAAAUUCAGAAAGCAUAUAAUCUUAUCGAUGAAAAUGUAGAUGGAAGGGUGAGUGUGGGUGAAAUCUGCCGCUUCAUGAACGAGCUAGAAAUACAAAUGUCAGAAGAUUAUGUGAGAUGUAUGCUCAGUGCCCAUCUCUCCAAAGGUCACGAUGGUAGUGAUACCCUUGAAUUCGAAGAGUUUGUGCAUUUAUAUCAAUCUAUCUUCAGCAACGUUGAUGAAGAGUUAGAAGAUGAAUCUAAGGAUUUUGUUGAAGCAUUCAGAGUUUUUGAUCUGAAUAAUGAUGGAUACAUCUGUUCUAUUGAGCUGCAACAAGUACUCUCCAGGUUAGGACUGAUCACGCAGGGCCAACACCAUCAGCAGUGCCAGGAAAUGAUAUGUAGAUUUGAUUCAGACGGCAGUGGUGUUUUAGAUUUGAAAGGAACCUUAAGUGUGGAAUAA